AUGAACACUACAAACGCUGCUGAGACAUCCUCAGUCACUGAGCUGCCAUUGAGGAACCUCCACUUCCAGAACUUCCGCUCUUUUGACCCCUUUGCUGAUGCUAGUAAGGGUGAUGAACUGCUUCCUGCUGACUCUGAGGAUUAUAUCCAUAUAAGAAUUCAACAGAGAAAUGGCAGGAAGACCAUUACUACUGUCCAAGAGAUUCCUGAUGAUUAUGAUAAAAAGAAACUAGUGACACCUUUUAAGAAGAAAUUUGCCUGCAGUGGAACUGCAACUGAGCAUCCAGACUGUGGAGAAGUACUUCAGCUGCAGGGUGACUGGUGCAAGAACAUAUGCCAGUUCCUGGUAGAGGCAGGACUUGUUAAGGAUAGUCAGUGGGAAGUUCAUGGGAUUCAAUCUGUACAAAGCUCCCCAGAGGACAACCGGAAGGCCUGA